UUUAUCCCUCCUCUUUGUGUAAUACUAAUACAAUACUUUUUAAUCUCUCUUUUUUUUGUUCGAAAAAAAAAGAAAAAGAAGGGGGCGUGAAAACUGCGAAGUGGAUAUGGGGAGGGAAAGAUCGAAAAACAGAGACGUUGACCAAAUUUCAGUUACGCAAGAAAACCCCGUGCCAAGUGCCAACGACGUCGUUAAAUCACAAUCAUAAAACGACAACGCUUUAACCGAUCGGAAAACCCCGUGCUCCUUUCUCGUCUCUUCUCUGUAAUAAUCUGAUCUCACAAAUUAAUGUAUUAUUAUUUUUUUCAACAAAAGCUCUGAUCAGUACGGCACCAUUCGCGUCCGACAAACCGCUGCUAGAAGAAAAAAAUCUCUUCAACUCUUGCCUUCUGUUUUUCUCUUCCUCUACGCCGUUUAUUGCUCUCGUCACAGCCGCUCCUUUCCUUUCUCUCAAUUCUCUGGAUUUGAGACUUUUUUGGAUGAUUUGCCGUUUAAUUGGAUUGCAUAUGAUAUAGGAACCUGAUGGCAAUUGGAAGUAAUGGGCUUCUUUGAUGGUAGAAGGCAAGAGGGUUCAUAGAAACGGUUUAAGAUUUCACCAAACAACUCAUCAAUGGAGAAUUUGCCUACCUCGUUAGGCUCCAAAGGUUUAAUAAAUAAGAAUGAAUUUGUAAGAGUUAUAAUUCAAUGCUUAUACUCGUUUGGGUACAAAAAUUCUGCUUCUUGUUUGGAAUCAGAGUCCGGUAUGAGGUACAAAUCUCUAGAUUUUGAUUUGUUGGAAUCUCAAAUCCUCAGUGGAGAUUGGGAUAAUUGUGUUGAUACCGUGAACAAAAUGAAGGAUUUGAAAGAUGAUACACGAUCUUCAGUUUUAUUUCUUGUGUUCAAGCAGUGUUUUUUGGAGUAUUUGAAUCGUGGGGAUGAUUCCUUGGCUUUGUCGGUUUUGCAAAAACAGGUUCCCACCUUACACAUGAGCAAGGAAAAGGUUCACAAAUUGGCUUAUAGUAUACUCUCAUUGAAAGAGAUGGAGUUGGGUAAGCUAGAUGAAGACAUUAUUUGUGAACUGCGAAAAAAGUUAGUGAUAGAGCUAGGGAAACAGCUCCCUCCGCAUAUUCUACUGCCUGAGGGACGGUUAGAACAUCUGGUUGAAACUAUUGUAACAGCCCAAAUUGAUUCAUGUAAGUACCAGUACCACAAUUCACAGGAUGUAGUCUCGCUUUAUGGGGAUCACUGUUGUGGCAGAGAUCAGAUACCUACAGAAACAGUUCAGAUUUUGACUGAACAUAGCAAUGAAGUUUGGUUCGUACAAUUUUCUAAUAAUGGAGAUUACUUAGCCUCUUCGUCAAGUGACUGCACAGCUAUCAUAUGGGAGGUUAUGGAUAAUGGUAAGCUGAUGAUGAAACACACGCUCAGAAGUCAUCAGAAACCUGUAUCCUUUGUGGCUUGGAGCCCUGAUGAUACAAUGUUGCUCACAUGUGGAAACUCAGAAGUUCUCAAGCUUUGGGAUGUAGAAACAGGUACUUGCAAACAUACAUUCGGGGGUCAUGGCUUCACCGUCAGCUCAUGUGCUUGGUUUCCCGACUCAAAGCGAAUUGUUUGUGGCAGUUCUGACCCUGAAAAGGGCAUUUGCAUGUGGGACUGUGAUGGGAAUGAGAUAAAAGCAUGGAGGGGCAUGAGGAUGCCCAAGGUUUUGGAUCUUGCUGUUACAUCAGAUGGGGAAAACCUAAUCAGUGCAUUCUCUGACAAAGAAAUUCGGAUAUUAAAUUUGAGGACGAAUGCUGAGCAAGUAAUCUUAGAGGAGCAUUCAAUCACAUCUCUUUCAGUUUCCAUAGACAGUAAGACCUUUAUAGUCAACCUAAAUAGUCAAGAGAUUCAUUUGCGGGAUGUUGCUGGAAAAUGGGAAAAACCUUUGAAGUACACAGGCCACAAGCAAAACAAGUAUGUCAUACGGUCCUGCUUUGGUGGGGUCAAUAGUAUGUUUAUUGCCAGUGGCAGUGAGAAUACACAGGUAUACAUCUGGAAUCGACGAAGCUCUACACCACUUGAAGUGUUAUCGGGCCAUUCAAUGACUGUGAACAGUGUCAGCUGGAACCCCAAAAGGCCUCUAAUGUUAGCAUCGGCAAGUGAUGAUCAUACAAUCCGUAUAUGGGGACCAAGCCAAACCAAUAAGAUCCAACUAGAGAGUACUCUCACUUGAACAGAACAGUAAUAUAAUUCAGGCCUUGUCUAUAGCAACAGCCCUUCUCUUCCAUUUGUUAUUCAUCAGUAUAAAUUAGCAAAAAAAUUUGUUAGCCCAUUUUGUUUGCCACAUCUCCAGUUUUGAUUUUUUUUUUUUUUUUUUUGUAAAUAUUUAUACCAUUUUGUUUUGUUUUUCAACUCUUUUUUGCAUCUGUCAAUUUUUUUGACAUGAUCUAACAUAGUCACAUAGAUUGGUGCUGUUCACUACUAAUAUUUCAGUAUUUAAUGGACUUACCUAUGAUAGUCAAUCAGUGCAGACAUUUUGUUCUUUUAUUCAUAAAUUUGGUACUCUAAUUUUGGGUUUUGGUAGGUUUUCUUGAUAUAUAAAAAGUUAUUAUAAUUUAUGAUCAAAUGAAGGAAACAAAGAAUAGUUUUAGAAUUCAUAGUCAUAUGUAUGGAAGGAACAGAUUAAAAUCAUAAUUAAGG